AUGCUGGAUAAGCCGGAGCUGGGUGGCGUGUACCAGGGCAAAGUGUCGGGCAUCAUGGAGUUUGGGUGCUUCGUGGAGGUGGAGGGGUUCAGGCAGAAGGUGGAGGGACUGGUGCACGUCUCAAACAUCACAACGGCGCGCGCCAGCAGCGCAAAGGGGCUCGUGGAGCGCGGCCAGCAGGCGCGUCUGUUAAUGGCCGGCCGCGGGAGCCGGGACCCAGGGGGCGGGCAGGGGGGGGCACGGCAGGUGUGGGUCAAGGUGGUGUCCGUGUCGGGCCAGCGCGUGGGGCUGUCGAUGCGCGACGUCGACCAGAAGACCGGGAAGGACCUGCUGGCCAUUGACCCGGUCAAAGCAGCGGCAGCCGGCGGCCGGCCGGUCAGCGGGCUGCAGGGGAUCAGCGGGAUCAAGGUCAACCCCGAUGACUUUGUUGAGACCGUCAAGAGGCGCGGCAAGAAGCUGACUGAGAUGGAGAAGUGGGAGUACAAGCAGCUGGCGCAAGCGGGGGUGCUGGACGUGAGGGAGCACCCCCUCUUCGAUGAGGAGCCCGUGAUUGCCUGUCUGGACUGCAUUGGAUAG